AGACGAUUCAAGAGGGAGAGAAUUAACAGAGGAAUGAGCAAACCAGACAAAAAGAAGAAAGGCUCCAAGGAGAAAGACAUGGGGCCGAGAAGUUCCAAGUCCAAUUCUGGUUCGAUAAAUUCUACAAGCUGUGUGACAGAACAAGAACGAAAGAAGAAACACAAAUCUUUACUCACUGGAAGGCAAAAAUAUUACACAAUCGGCCAUGAAAGGAGUGAUUCACAGAUGGCAGCAGGAUCUAGAAAUCUUGAAAGAGAAAAAGGAGACACAAAAGCCUCUGAAAGCUAUCAGCAACGCAUGGUGAAUGAACCUAUUCCAGAACGACCCAGUGGAAGGCAAAAAUAUAACACAAUCGGCCAUGAAAGGAGUGAUUCACAGAUGGCAGCAGGAUCUAGAAAUCUUGGAAGAGAAAAAGGAGACACAAAAGCCUCUGAAAGCUAUCAGCAACGCAUGGUGAAUGAACCUAUUCCAGAACGAACUCCCACAGAGAAGACUUGUAAUGUUGAAUGGGGUCAAGAAAAUUGUCGCCUUAAAAUGGAAAAUGAAGAUCUGAAACGUAAAAUGGAGAAACAAGAGGAGAAGAUAAAAUCCUUAAAAGACAAAUUGGCAAAUGAUCUUGAUCUUCCAAUAAAGACAGGAAAAACUGAGAGCCUGAACAACCCAGUUUCUCAAACCAGACUUAAAGAUCUGUAUGAUGAUCUGAGGAUUCGUUGGCCUAAAAUCAAGAAGCAUCUAAAGUCAAACAAAGAGACACCACAGUCUAUCAAAGAGACGAUAAAGAAUACUUUCAACGACGGAGAGAAGAAAGUUACGAAACUAAAGAGGCGUAUCAAUGAUAUUAUCAAUCUUGGAGAAAUCAGCGAGGAAGUUUCUCAGAAGGUGACACAGCACAACCGGUCUGCUGUUCAGGAUCUUCAGUUGGCUCUUUACUACAGAGGGAAACAUGGUCAUAGUUCUAAGAUUUCUGCCUGGAGACACACAGAUGUAAAAACUGGGGACAUGAUGAGGGACUUGUUAUCUGAAUGCUUCUGGUUGGCUCAACUCCUGGCUUUAAACAAUCCACCUCUUCAGCCUGACUGGGAAAAUCACAAUCCUGGAAUGGAUGCUUGGCACAUACUCCCUAGAAACUUCAGAGUUAUUAGGGAGGAUCCAUCUUUCUUUGUGUAAACAAACUUCAAAAAUCAGUUUGAGCCUCUUCCAUUACAUAAUUUACCCAUAGAAUGUUGUUACAUGCUUAGAAAACCUAA